UUUUUCCCCUAUGGAGAUGCUUCAAAGUUUGCCCAGCAUGCAUUCAGGACCUUUGAUAAGAACGGGGACGGCACCAUCGAUUUCAGAGAGUUCAUCUGUGCCCUGUCUAUCACAUCUCGAGGCAGCUUCGAACAGAAACUCAACUGGGCCUUCAACAUGUACGACCUGGAUGGAGAUGGCAAGAUCACACGAGUGGAGAUGCUGGAGAUCAUUGAGGUAGAGUUCAGAGUUCAGCCCAUACAGAUUAAGCUUGAAUCAUAUAUUGAGUCCCAAAUGGCAUCCUAUUCACUAUGUAGUACACUACUUUUAAUCAGGGCCCAUAGGGUUCUGGUCAAAAGUAGUUCACUAUAUAGGGAAUAGAGUACCAUUUAGGACACAACAAAUCUCUAUGGUUCAGCCAUUCAUGUCUCAUGAGUUUAAGGUGUUGAGAUAUUAGUCAUGGUUACGGGGUCUCUCUCAAGAAAUGCCUUUUGUUCUCCAUUUUAGAUUUUACUCUUUACCUUCAGAAUUUGGACAUUUCCUCCUCUUGCCCCAAAUGCCCUCGUACAGUAUGUGCCUUGAAUACAAAUCAGGUUGGGUUUUUCGGAGAGUGUGUUUUACCUAUAAAUGUCUCUACUUCAGUAAAGUAAAAUGAUUGAACUAUAAUUUCUCCCCCUCUGUGAAGGCCAUCUACAAGAUGGUGGGGACUGUGAUCAUGAUGAAGAUGAACGAGGACGGCCUGACGCCCCAGCAGCGAGUGGACAAGAUCUUCAGCAAGAUGGACAAGAACAACGACGACCAGAUAUCACUGGACGAGUUCAAAGAGGCAGCAAAGAGCGACCCUUCCAUUGUAUUACUCCUGCAGUGUGACCUGCAGAAAUAG